CCGGCGCGGUGUCAAGUGCAGCUCACACGUACAGACUGAGCCGAUUUGCAUUUUACCCUUUCUUCCAUCUGCACCCAGUUGUCUUCAGCAUGGGGUCGAAGAACCACUCUCCUGGGAUGGAGCUUCAGCCAAGGACACGAGCAGAGGCUCCAGGAAAGAAAGGUUGGCACUCUCAGGCUUAUGCCCUUGGGGCCGUCUCCAACUUUAUGUCUACUUUUCUGACCUUUCCUAUCUAUAAGGUUGUCUUCCGGCAACAGAUCCAUGCUGUGGCAGUGUCAGAAGCUGUGAGACAGCUUUGGCAUGAAGGUCCUAAAUACUUCUACCGGGGAGUCUACCCCCCUCUUCUCUCCAAGACAUUGCAAGGUACUCUACUGUUUGGGACCUACGAUAGCCUGCUAUGCUGUUUCUCCCCUGUCGGGCCAUACUCUCUGGGGCACCGCUGGGCCGCAGGGCUCAUGUCUGGUGUGGUGGAGGCUGUGGCGCUCAGCCCUUUUGAAAGGGUGCAGAAUGUGCUCCAGGAUGGUCGCAAGCAAGCCCGCUUCCCCAGUACUUUCAGCAUUCUCAAGGAAUUCAACUCUUACGGACUUUGGGGGCGGCUGUCACUGGGCUACUAUCGUGGUUUCUUGCCUGUCCUCAUGAGAAACAGCCUGGGGAGUGCUCUGUACUUCUCCUUCAAGGACCCCAUCCAGAAUGGCUUGGCAGAGCAAGGCCUGCCCCAUUGGAUUCCUGCCUUGGUGUCUGGUAGUGUCAAUGGAACAAUCACCUGCCUGCUUCUGUAUCCUCUGAUUGUGCUGGUUGCCAAUAUGCAGUCCCAUAUUGGCUGGCAGAGCAUGCCAAGCCUGUGGGCCUCUGCCCAAGAUGUUUGGGACACUCGGGGCCGAAAAGUGCUCCUGAUCUAUCGUGGAGGCUCCCUGGUCAUCCUAAGGUCCAGUGUGACUUGGGGUAUCACCACUGCUAUACAUGACUUCCUGCAGAGGAACUCUCACUCCAGGAAAGAGCUGAAAGACUGACCAACGCAGGAAACGUGGCAAUGGAAUCUUUGUUAUUAGAAGCCUUACUGGGUUGAUUCUACAUAGCUCUUACUUCUUUGGGUUGGUUAGCUAUUACUUAGCAUCUGUGAGCUGUCAUUGCUUGGGAGAAGUUUCCAACUAUCAGCCUGUGGGGUAUGGACAAAGCCCAACAGGAUUCAAUGGACAGAUGAAGAAACUCACCUCAGUCUAUCCACAGCCUUGGUACCCUCAGACCCAGGAGACCUUUAAAUAACUUGUAACCAGAUGAAAUGUCAUUCCUUUAAGGAACUCCUUGAGAAUAAGAGGAAAUUUAAAAGGAUGAUCUUAAUCAGGCACUGUGAGUUCUGGGGCCCUUCCAGUUGGCCUCAAGACUAAACUGAGUAGGGGACCAGGAACUCCAAUUUGAAAGAACUACUCUUGAUUCUUAGUGUGGGGAUUCCAUAGAAUAUCUCAGAUGGCUACAUUUCCAUGACAUUAUUUACAACCCUUACCGCCACCACUCUCACUUUUCAAGGCUGUGUGUGGAUCAUAGUUUCAAGCUGCAGCUGUGGCUGGAAAUCAUAAAUUGGACUUGCCUAAACUGAUCAUGUGCCACAAAAACUGAUGGGGCUAAAAAUACUUUAUCUGGGAAGAGGUAUGGUCCCUGGAUGAAAAAGAUAAAGACUUUGAAGGAAGAGAUUUAAUUGCAUGCAAAAUAGGAAAAUUUAGUAAGAUUGCUCCGUGUUAUCUGCUGGGACAUUUUUGAUAGCAAGGUGAUAACAUCACCUAGAAACCACUUGAGUUUCCCAAAGAAAUCUGGAAGUGAAAUGAUCAUAUCUCUUCACAAAUAAUUGCAUAUUUUGUUGGUGUGGAUAAGCAUAGUUACUAUGAGAUAGAUUACAGAUCAGAAAUAUUAGCCUCCCAUUCACAGCCAUUCAAAAUAUGGUCCCCAUUUAACUUGCAGCAUUUUAUUCAUAACACUCCCAGUUAAACAGACCCCAUAUGCCAGUCAAACUGGGCUGUUGUUCUCUUCCCAAACAUGCCAUGAACUUUCCCAUAGCCAUGAGUUGGCCCACAUUAUUUUCUCCACCUGCUGUGCUCCUUCUUCCCAUGCCAGUCUGCCCAAAUACUUCCAGUUCCUCAAAGCGCAGCUCAGAUGCUGCAUUCUCUAUGACGUGUCUUCUGAUUCCCCCAACGGAAUGUGAUGUUAGCCUCCUCUGAUGCCCCUCUCCGUAGAAUCUCUUACAUCUCUUAUGGCACUGAUAUUAUAUGGCCAUGAGUUCUUCUUGGUGUUCUUGAAUACCUCCUAUUGGCCUAUAAAACUCCUUGAAAUGGGGAUUCUUGUAUGCCGUUUUAAAUCCCCCAUUGUGCCUAGGUGCUCAAUAAAUGUGUUGAAUUGUUGAACUGAUUAUUAAACUGUGAUAAGGUGUAUAUCCUCAGGGUGCUGUCCCUUGUACAUAAAGAUAAUGUUAUUGACUCACUGUCAGCAAGACAUGCCUUUGGGGUGUGUUUAUUUUCUUUUAAUAGUGAACUCCAGUUUUAUGCUAAUACUAAGGAUGAUGAUUGAUAAUGGUGGUGAUGAUGAUGAUAAUGAUGAUGAAAAUAAAUUUCUUUCAACUGGAAUGUUUGAUGAGUUUGUGUUAUUGAUGACAUGUUUGCUAUUAGCACCACUUUAGGAACUGAAAUUUCACAAACAAUUACAUUGUUUAACUGUCCCGUUUUUUUCAACUCUGGAAUUUUGAGGAUUUCC